CCACUAGAUACCUUGCGCAAGCACCCUCUACAGCAGCCAUGGCUGACUCUCUUACCGAGGAGCAGGUCUCCGAGUUCAAGGAGGCAUUCUCUCUGUUUGACAAGGACGGCGAUGGCCAAAUCACCACCAAGGAGCUGGGCACCGUGAUGCGCUCGCUCGGCCAGAACCCCAGCGAGUCCGAGCUCCAGGACAUGAUCAACGAGGUUGACGCUGACAACAACGGCACCAUCGACUUCCCAGAAUUCCUCACUAUGAUGGCCCGCAAAAUGAAGGACACCGACUCAGAGGAGGAGAUCCGAGAAGCGUUCAAGGUGUUCGACCGCGAUAACAACGGCUUCAUCUCCGCCGCCGAAUUGCGCCAUGUCAUGACCUCCAUCGGCGAGAAACUAACCGACGACGAGGUCGAUGAGAUGAUCCGGGAGGCUGACCAGGACGGCGACGGUCGGAUCGACUAUAACGAGUUCGUCCAGCUCAUGAUGCAGAAGUAGAUGUGACGAUGUUGUUUUUGGAUGGGUGUUAGGCAUUUCAGGUGAAACGGCCGAUGAAUUCUUGCAACGGGUGACGGAUCGGUUUCCCUUUGG